CUAUCCGGCGAGCCUAAUUCCGAAAACGGAAGCCCGACUUUUUCUUCAGACCUGACGGCGGCCGUCGUGCUUAUCGUCAAUUAGGGCCAUUUACGUGUACUCAAAAAUAACCUCGUCCGUCAUCGCAUAACCCAAUGUAAGUAUACAACCGCCUUUGGUAUCCGAUCUGGCCGAGCCCCUACGUAGCAUUCACUACAGCGGUAUGCAAAGUGCGGUGUAUCUAUUCCCUAUAAGCAUUAUCAGCACUACUGACGAAGUUCCCCUACUAUGACACAUCCCGGAUUUACAAAACAAAACAUUGGUUGCCGCUGCGAUUCGGAGUCCAUUGUCGUUGAAGUUAACUCCAAGUGUAGGGGAGCUUCAGGUAUAUAACCAACAUCUGUGGCGCUAGCCCUCCACCCACAUUCAAUCAUGAACGUUACCGAGUUCAUCAUUGACACGUAUAGUACCGGAACACCACUCGUCUCUACUGCAAAGCGCUACCGUCCGUCUGCCGUUAUAGAGGAGGGUUACAUCCUGAUAUUCGCGCACGGGACUGGAUUCCAUAAAGAACACUGGGAACCAAUUAUCGAACGUCUCUACGCCUAUGGUGGGGCCAUUGUCGAAGCCUGGACAAUCGACUCGCAAACGCAUGGUGCAGCAGCUACACUUAACAGAGAUGCCAUUGAUGAACCGGGGUUCACCUACAGCUCGUACCAUUACGCCGAGGCCUGCGCGAACCUGUACAAGACCCAUCUGAACGGAACGCGUCAUCCGGUCGUACUGAUAGGACAUUCUGCCGGGGCUGCAUCCAUAGCAUUAGUGCCAUCCUUCUGCGGGAAAUCCAUCACUCAGCCUUUCUCGGCCUUGAUCCUUGUUGAACCCGCCAUCUGGCCGGGAUCCAUGAUCGGUAUUGCAGACUCCCCUGCUUACAAGCUCGCCUGCGUUUCUAUCCCACGCCGGCGAACAAAUUGGGAGAGUAGAGACGCUGUUCGUAAGGACCUAGGGAGGCGCGCGCCGUGGGGAAUCUGGGAUAGACGCAUUUUGGAUUUAUAUGUUGAGCACGGUUUCGAAGAGGAUAAGGAAGGGGUGUCACUCAGAUGUCAAUUGGAUAAGACGAGGAAGAAGGUGCCGGUGCAUAUAGUCUAUGGGGAGAGGAAUGAUUUGUUCACCCGGGAAAAGCAAGACUCUCUUCUUCGAGGUCGUAAGUUUGCCUCCGUUACCAGAAUACCGGGGGCUGGACACCUGGUUGUUCAAGAAGCACCCGACGCUGUUGGUGAUGUGUUGCUGCGUAUAUUGGAGGAACUAGGGAACCAAAGGUAUGUUGAGCGGGAGUACUGUUCUUAUCAAAUAUUUCGGUGAUAUCUGCCGCUUACCAUUUUUGACCUG